GUACCUGUGGCUCCUCCUUUUGCGUAUAAAGCCGUGAUCCCCUGAGCUUUUUUACACGUAGAAUGCAAAUGCAAAGAGUGUUUUUUCUUUUUUUGUUUUUCUUUUCUGAUCCAAAGCGCAACUGUUAAAGAGAGAUAUGUCAUCGGAAGAAGCACCAGGGUCAUCGGAAAGUGACGUCACCAGCAUGAGUUAUGAGGAUACGGAGCUGACUUUGGGAUUGCCAGGGGAGGGACGAUCGUCGGCUGUUAUUCCAGCACUUAAGUGCUCUGCAAAACGUGGGUUUAUUGAGACCUUUGAUCUUAACCUUGGGAGGUGUUGCAACACGUCAUGGGGACAUAGACAUAGUGAUAAGCAUGUUAAUGAAUCCGGUGCUGGAAAACCUCCUGCUACCAAGGCACAAGCUGUUGGUUGGCCACCGGUGAGAUCAUAUAGACAGAAGGCUAUAAAUGAGAGCUCCAAGCUGUAUGUGAAAGUGGCCGUGGAUGGAGCACCAUAUCUCCGCAAAGUAAACUUAGAACAUUACUCCAAUUACCAGGAUCUGAUGAAAGAUUUAGACAAUUUGUUUACUUGCUUCACUAUCCGUAAUUCUAAUAUGGAGGAAAGCAAGCUCAUGGAUGUGGCGAAAGGAAUGGAGUAUGUACCAACUUAUGAAGAUAAAGACGGUGACUGGAUGUUGGUUGGAGAUGUUCCUUGGAAGAUGUUCAUAGAAUGUUGCAAGCGUAUCCGCUUGAUGAAAAGCUCAGAGGCUGCAGUCCUAGCCUUAGGUAAUGUGUACUUGAUUAUUCCUCAUAUUAAUAACACUAUGCAUAUAUGCUUAACUCUACCAUUAUUUUAAAAUUUCUCAUCUUAAUUAAAUUAGUAUUUUAUAUAACUGAAACUUUCGUAUUAAUUGAUCAUGCAGCACCAAAAGCUUCUACUCCAAAGUGCCCAAGCCCAAGUUGAGAGUCAGAAAAUUAAACCAGACGAUGUUUCUUUGAAUGUGCUAAGAGCAUGCAAUAUUUAUGCAGGGAAAUUAGUUAGCUAGCCAUGCAUCUGAUCGGAGGAAACAUUUUACUUUGUACUAUUACUUUCAUCUUCCUUUAGCUGCCCUUUUGUUUUUAACUAUUUGGUGACUGAAACCCAGUUGCAAUUAUUUAUGUUGUAUUAAAACAAUUAAUAAAUCUGUUUUCUCCUUCUCUUUCCCUCUCUCACACACUGCCAAUUAAUGAAACUUGGCUCUGGUCUUGAUUUUACACAAAUUUCGUUGAUGAGCAGAGAAGAAGAAUUAUGUCUGGUUUUUGUAACCCCAGCUGAAUUAUUCAUGUUUUGUCUUUUAAAGAAACAAUGGGC